AUGGCUUCUAUAAUCAACAAGCGUCAGCAGGCGCGCAACGAGCGAGCGUUGCAUGAACUCAUUCGCACAGUCCCUGGGAACGAUCGAUGUGCGGAUUGCCAGGCUGGAAAUCCAGGAUGGGCAAGCUGGAGUUUGGGUGUGUUCCUCUGCAUGCGAUGCGGGUCGCUUCACCGGAAGAUGGGAACGCAUAUCUCCAAGGUCAAGUCAUUGACCAUGGACAGCUGGACAACAGAACAAGUGGAGAAUAUGAAGAAAAGGGGAAACACAAUCGUCAACAAAGAGUACAACCCGCGCAACAUCAAACCCGACAUCCCCGUCGACGUUGACGAAGCAGACUCCGCCAUGGAGCGAUUCAUCCGCCAAAAAUACGAACAUCGCAUUCUGGAAGACGGCAAACCGAAACCUCCGAGUAGGGACGACUCCGGAUAUCAUACCCAAAAGUCACUGGAUGAGAGCCCUCCCCCACCUCCAAUCCCGCCAAAGAGUGGUAGGAAGUUCGGAUUUGGCCUACGGUCUGUCUCGUCGACGAGUCGUUUACCUCGGUCGUCCGAUAAGUUGUCGAUAUCGUCUACGUCGUCGCCUAGAUCUGCUACGCUUGGUGGUCCGUUGUCGCCGUCGUUCUCGCUUAAUAAACAAUCCCGGGUGUUCGGUGCGAAUCUCGGAGAGGCUGAUAGUUCGUUUGAAGCGAAGUUGGAUCAGCUUAGAAGCAUGGGCUUUCCGAAUGAUAAGAGAAAUGCUUCUGUUUUGAAAGGUGUAGGAGGUGACAUGACUCGCGCGGUAGAGUCGCUGAUCAGGCUUGGAGAAGGGUCAGGUCCUCCAUCUGCGGCUCCUGCAGCUCCUCCAAAGCCUUCAACUUCCAGGAGUCAGCCAACCUCUUCGCCAUCCAAGGCUGAGGCCGACGAUCCAUGGAGUAUGCCAAACGUGAGCAGCGCUGCUGGUGCUCGGGCUGCCAAAUCAUACAAUCCGUUCGACGUACCUACUGCGCAGGCCCCUGCUAUUGGUCUCGAAAAUGCUUUUCAGAACUUGCAGGUUGCGCAGCCCAUGUCUCCGCACACAACUGGAGGAUAUACUAGCCACCAGAUGAACAACAACAUGGCUCUCACACCUCUACAGACAUCACAUUCAUACACAAACUCACCACAACCGUUGAAUUACAAUCCAUUCUUUCAAACAGCCUCACCGGCGUCUCAGACUGGGGCCAAUCCUUAUUAUAGCCACACGGCACAGUCAACGCCUAUUCAGCCAAGUCGCAGCUUCUCACCGGGAAAUCCGUUCGCAAACUCGCUGUCGGCGCAGAAUACUGGUAAUCAGCAGAAUCUAGCUUUUUCGCAGUCCCGGCUGGCUAUGCCUCGUCAUGCCAACACUAUGCCUGUCUUUUCUUCCAACACUGCCGCUUCCCCAUCUACGGCUUCUUCCAUGUUUUUCUCGCAACAACCACAACUCAGUCCUUACCAAGUAUCGAACUCCAAUCCGUUUGAUGCCGUCAACCCAAAUAACAACUAUCAGAAUUAUUCAGCUGAAUACCAACAAUCUCAGUAUCAGCAGUUUCCACAGCAGAAUCCUUAUGCUCAGUUUCAACAAACCGCGCCACAACAGCCUGCUAGAGCGGAUAAGAAUAGUAUCUUGGCUCUAUAUAAUCUUGCACCAGCAGCUGCGCCGCCAAUGUCAACCAUCCCGGAACAAUCACAGGUUCCUCAAAUGCAGCAAGCAGUGGACCAACAUCAGAACACCGCGCAGGUCUCGAAUAGUACGUCUGCAGGUUAUCCGACACAGAGCAUGUUUCCAACAAUGCUGCAAAGCAAUUCGACGGGAUCAAGUCAGGGUAUGCAGAAUAACAAUCCAUUUAUGAACGCAACGCAGCAACCACAAUUUCAACCACAGCAGUUGCAGCAGACGCAUCAGCCGCAGAUGCAACAGCAGUUACAACAACAGCAGACGAACCCAUUCGCAAUGAUGGGCAAUUCAGCGCCAGGAGUUCCAUCAAAUGGUCUUGGAAUCGGCAUGGGUGCAGCAUCUCAUAAUCCGUAUCAACAGAUGACCUCUCAACCGCAACCACCACCAGUAAACAACUUCAUGCCCCGAGCACCGAUACACAUGAGCAAAGCGAGCGUCGACAUCAAUAAUCUUCAAAACGGUCGACAUAGUCCUGACGCAUUCGCAAGUUUGAGCGCAAGAUAUGCCUAA